CCUGUCGUAAACUGCUGUCAUUCCAGCCAUGGAGGAAGACGACUGUGAAAAGAUGUCCACUAAAGGGCGGGAAACUCCAAGGCUAAACAUGGAACAUGGAUUUAUGCAAUCCAUAAUAAAGAAUCAAGUCGACAGAGAUGAGUACGACAAAGAACAGAAGCUUUUAAAGUUGCAAAACAAGCCAGGCGGGCCAUCUCGGAGAGAAAGGCCGAAAAGAGCGGCAAUGCAAGUUUACGUUCCUCCACAUUUGAGACAGAAAGGAACACAGAAAGAGAAAGAACAAGGAACCGCUAGUAAGCCCACAUCAACCUCUCCUAGUGCAGCUUCAAAAACAGAAGACUGGGAAGCAGAGGAAAAACCUGCCUCUGAAGUCACAAUCCAGAUGAAGCUUGAAUUUGUUAGACAGGAUGGGAAAGUAAGCAAAUUGGACAUCUGUGAGGGAGAAGAUCUUAAGAAGGUGGUGAGCAGUUUUGGCCGUGCCAAUGGCCUAGAUGCUCGACUAAGAGAUGCUCUGUAUCAUCGCAUUUCCACAGCUUUAAAGGAGAGAGCAGUGUAAUGACAGCUACUCUUCUAUUUGAAUUUAUUCAUAUUGAAUAAACUUCCUGUUACAUUUUAUUUUAUACCUAUUUCUAAGUUCACAAACUUUCUGGCAAAAAUAGCUUGUUUGAUCAUGUGAUAUGAAGCUCUGAAUAUGAAUAUAAUUAAUGUCAUAGUCACCUUAAGUUUGGACUCUAUCAAUAGGAUUUUUUUCUUAGCCUCAUCUAAAUUUGAGGGGUUUGGAAGAAGUUAAAACAGUCAUGCAAACCUUAGAGGCGGUCAAAGAUUUGUGUUACUCUUGAGAAUUCAACCCAAGAUUAUUUAAUAAGGCUUUUUAAUCAAAAUGACAUUAUUCCUUUAUUGCUUUUGUGAGAUCUCUCUUAAAUACUUGUGUACAUAUUCACACUCUUAUCUUAACACACCUAUUGCUCAAUGAGAGCUCAUGUACUAUCUUAAUUAAUCUAUUAAUUUAAUAGGAAUAAGUUUUGUUAAGAAAAUUUUUUUUAAUUGUUCUG